AACACAAACUCGUCACUAUACACAAACAUGAAGGUAUUACAAAUCUCACUUAUUUUGUGGGUUAUAAUUUUACUAUCUUCGUGUUCCGCAGAGGAGAGCUGUAGUUUACAGUCAGAAAAGGUUGCAGAUAGUGAUAUCCGUCACUGUUCACAAAAGAAGAGUGAAGAUAUAGGUAUAACUGAAAAUGAACGCAGAAUAUUGCUAAUAGGCCGGACUGGAGUCGGUAAAAGUACUACUGGAAACACAAUACUGGGGAGUGACGUUUUUCAUGCAGACACUUCGGGCGAGUCAGUCACGAGAAAGACGGAAUAUGCGCGCUCACUGCGUUACGGGAGAAAUCUUUUAGUUGUUGACACUCCGGGAUUGUUUGAUACAAGUAUACCUAAUAAUGAAACUAUGAAAGAAAUUGCACAAUGUUAUAGCCAAACAGCUCCGGGUUUACAUGCUAUUAUUUUUGUUACUGAGCUCGAGAUUGGACGUUUCACCAAACAAGAAAAAGAUACAUUUGACUUUUUUCUCACUCAUCUUGGAAAAGAGGUCAUUGAUUACAUGAUUGUAGCUUUUACUGGAAAAGAUAGACUAGAUCAUAAAAAACGUACAAUUAAGCAGUUUGUUUCCAAUUUAAAAGAUGAGUCGGAUCUUAGGUGGUUGUUGAAUCGGACCGAAUACCGAUAUACAGCGUUUGGAUAUGGCGGUAAUCGUGCUGAUCGUGAGGCAGAAGUUAUCGAACUUCUUGAAAUGGUUGACGACCUUGUCAAAGAAAACGACGGGAAAUAUUAUACAAAUGACAUGUAUGAAAUAAAUGAGAAAGUAUUAAAAUAA